GGAGUCGCGGGUAAAAGCUAGUAUAUGCAUAGUUUUAGAGUUAACUAGCAGACAGUUUCACACGAGUGCAGUACACAUUAGGACAGCACACGCCGUGACUACUUUUUUGAUAGUAAACUUGCGUUCAGCAGCAGUACCGCCUACGUGUGAAUUAUAUAAUUAUCUUGAAUAUGUCAGAAUUAUUAACAAUUAUCGAACUAGUGUUUAAAUACUAAAUGACUUAGAUGAAAUACAUAUAAAUGGCUGUUCGGGCGCUACAGCUUACAGUGUAAACAUCGACAGCGAUACAACAUGGCAUCUCUGGUUCACUGGAUGAUGGUUACUGUUGUGGUUUGCGGCUUCACUGGUACAGUGUGUGAAGUCACGGAGUCACAUCCGCCAUCGCCGCACGCCAAAGAUAUGUACGUGGUUCGCGCUACAGUUUACCAAGUGGGUAUCAUAACCAACAAAACCGAUGGCAAAACGGACAAACAACAAGGUCAUCAGGAAGCAAUCACGUUUUACCAUCGCAACGGUUCCGGUAUUGAUUUGAGUGGUAUAAGCAAUCCUCUUGUAACCAACAUUACGGCUCAGAGUGUUGUUGGUUUGUCACCAGCGGUUAAUAUAAACCAGACACGUGUGUUACCAUGGAAUGUUCUAGAAAAACUGGCUUAUUCCCAGAGUAACAACUCUUCUGAUGAGCAACGUCCUUCCAAAGCUCAACUGAUGAGGUCCAGACGGGAAGUGAGGGAAAUUCCCGCUACAUUGGUGGAGGGGGCGGCAGUUGUGCCCCCUACGAGUGGCAUACGAUCUCUCUCCCUCCCCCCUCUCAUUGCAUUCAAUAACAAUCUAUCUCAUAUACCAGUACCAAUACCAAACACUUCUAUAGUGCGUUACGCUAAAAUAAAUACUUUGAUUAAAAAAAUUAAAUGAUUAUAGUUUACAAU